AAUAAAUUUUCGUCAACCAUAUGCCAAGGAGAAACAAUAGAACAGUCGUUGAUACCUAACACAGUACGUCUAACAAAUACUUCAUACGUCCAGCGCGAAAUAACACCACACGCUCCCUUUUUCUCUCUGUCGCCGCAACCAUAUUAUAUUUUUUUGCUAUAUUAACUGCUUUUUUCUUGAUUUUUCAAUUCGUCCGUUGCUUUUCGGAAUCUGGACUGGAAAACAUAUCUUGGAUACGCUGUCCGCAGAUCGAUUGUUAACAACAGUCCUCAUAGUUUCGCGUUGUGUUUGGGAGAAAUUUGUUAUUUUUGUUUUGAUAACGUUUCCCGCUGUGUUGUGUCCUUCCGGUUUGCGUCCAAUGGCCCUUGCGUGGCGCGUGUGAAUUUCCAUGAAGUUAAAUACUGUGCUCCGUGUUCAACGUUUGGAUAGCUUCCCACAACCAUAGAACUGUUGCGAUCGCCUAUCCAGCUUGCGUAGUUAGUGAGUAGAAGGACCAUGAUCGCCAACGAGAACGAUAUUGAGAAAUUAUCCGAAGAUGAUGAUGAAGAGGAGUUCACUCAAGGUCCUGGUGAACGAUGGGACCCACUAGGAGCAGAUGAUGAAGAGAAUGUUAUUGCGGAUACUCCUUCACGAUUGCUGGCCGCCUACGAUAAUGUCGGGGAUUUGCAAUGUGGUGGCAGCGCAAUAAUGGACCCAAAUCGGAUACGCAGCCUUGAAGAGGAGCAAGAGAUCCUUACCACUUCGUUAAUGGCAUUGACUUCACAUUUCGCACAAGUUCAGUUCCGCUUGCGACAAAUUGUUGAUGCACCCAUCACUCAACGGGAUCAGUUGUUGAAAAAUCUGGAGGAGUUUGCAUUCCGUGGAAUUCCGGAGGUAACAGGAAACGUUAACAUUCCCGAAUCGGAUGAAGUCAUUGCGAAUCUGGAACGUGCUCGUAGUCGUCAAUUUGAGCUGAUCGACCGUCUUAAAAAACAACUAACCGAACUAGAAAAAUUCGCCUAUGAAUCCGGUGCACCGGUCCUACCGCAAUCAAUUAUUGUAGAAAAACAAAAAAUCAUCAUCGAUGAACUGAAAAAUAAAUUGAAUUUAAAUGUAAAUGACGUCGAUCUACCCCAACUAUCCUCGGAGGACAUUAAAUCCCAAGUGGACACGGCCAUUGGGGAGUUCGUAGGUCCGCUUAAAAUGAAGGAGCAACUUGUUGCACAAUUAAAGACACAAAUCACUGAUUUGGAGCGCUUCAUUGCGUUCCUUCAGCAUAGUGACACCCAAGCGGUCGUUGGAGAUGGGAAUCCUUCCUCUGGACUCGGGAGUAUAAAAGAGACAAACGCCUAUAAUACCUACUCAGCGAAAAAGAAGCAUAUACGCGUUGUGAAAGUGGACACUGAGUCAAGUCAACCGGGACUAUCGAAACCUUCGUCAAACUCCAGCAGAAGUUCGGUGAAAACCAUACCCGAUAACUCAAAUGAGACGGCUAGCUUCACCAGUAAAACGCACACGUUACUCAGCAAAGCAUCAACCCUUCUGCAGAUGUUUGCCGUAACGCAAUUUGGAUGUGGUUCAUCCCAGAAUGGCAACCACUUCCGAAAAAACACCCUGAAAAAAUCAUCUCGCGUAAACCACUGGGGUGAUACCAGAGCUCAGCUUGAGGUUGAUAUUCAAGAGGUUGCCGCCCUUGCUAUGACUCUUCAACGGGAUCGGGAGAAACAAACGCAACAGGGCGCUGAUACCAACAUUCCAGAACAAUUCGAAUCGUAUGUGAGUGACUCAGAUGACGAAGAAGGCCGCUUUAUGUGUUCUCAAAAACAAAAACCCGCUACAAGUGAUCUGUACCUACAAAACUUCUCAUUGACGAAUGUCGAACUGACCACUGUCGUUCGGAAGAAUUUGGCCGUAACGCUACAGAAGCUAAUCCAGCAUGGCCUACGAUCGGAUACCACCAUUCCUGGAAGUAGUUUGGUCCCAUUUAUAGGUUGCUUCCAGGCAUCAUCCCAAUUCAGGAGGAAUUAUUCAAGGAAUAUUCGUGGAACCACUGAUGAUGAGGAUUGUCAUGCAAAUGUUGAUGAAUAUAGUGGACAGAUGCAUGCCUGGGAGCUCAUAUUGCAGUACUAUGCUAUUAAAAAUGGCGAACACUAUAAUGAAACACCAUCUAGGAAGCUUUCGCAAAGUUUUAAUCUGGAUAUUGUUGGAACCACUACAUCCGUUUCGAAUAAACAAAGCCUACUCAGUGCAAUUGGGACUGUCAUAGCCAUCCAUAAGCCAUACAAAAGGAGCUACAAUUCGCAUUUUAAGGCAUUCGUGUGCGCGGCAUUGAACGCACGUAAACUAGUUGUUUGGCUAAAUUUAAUCUUUCAAUGCAACGAACUAAUCAACACGUAUUAUAUGAAUUGGAGCUACGUAGCACAGACUGGUUUUCGCGAUGCCCUCCACUCAUUGGAUAGCCUAACGAAAUAUGAAUUUGAUUUACCUAUCGAUUUGGCCGUAAGGCAAUUUCAAAAUAUUAAGGACGUGUUCAUGUAGAUGAGAGCUGAGGACAAGGAUAAUUUGUGGUUGUUGGAUUAUUUUCCAUUUUAAUGAAAAUUUACUAAUUUAAUUUUGCAUUUGGUUUACUGUUUUAUGUUUGCAGUUCCCUCAUUUAAAUUUUUCCUUGAAGUCCUUGAAAUUUUACCCUCAAUAUAAACCUAAAUAAGACUUUAUGAAUAUCACUGAGAAAUGAUAACGUUAAAAGGCAUCUCCCACUUAUUAUUAAAUAUCUUUAUAUAGUUUGAAUAAUAAUAUAUAUAACAAACGUUAUUUAAAAAAAUGUAUAUACUUUUAUCUAUAUUUUAUUUAAAUUAUAGAUAAAAAUGUAUAUAUUGUUCAACCAAUUUAAAUUAUUUUUGUUAUUUAUAUUAUUUAACUCAAAUAACUUCUUCCAUAUGAAUUAUCACUCCCAUAAUAGGGACGAAACCGAACAAUUAUUAUAUAAUUACCACUUUAUAAAUUUACUUCUCCACGACGCAAAACAACAUUCCAAAAGGUAAAAAUCAUCCCAAAAAAACUCAAAAAUAAAUAUCACUCCAAACUCAGAGACAAAUUACUAAUUUUAUCUAAUUUUUUUAGUUAAUUUCCUUCAAAGAAAAUAAAUUAAAACUAAAUAAAAGUAAUUAAAACAAUAUCAAAUUGGAAAAGUAACGUCAACUUGAAACAUAGUUGCAUCCAUGGUUGUAAGAUGUUGGAAAUAUAUCAAAAAGAAUUUAUUAAAUAUUAUAUAAAUAUGUAAAUGAGUAUUAUAUGUUGAGAGCGUAUUCAAAAAAAAAAAAAAAAUGUACACAAACCAAAUAAUGUGAAAUAUAUAAAAAAAAAACGAAAUAGUUUCACCUAAAUUUCAAAUAUAUUAAAAAAAAAAAACACUGAAAAAAAGGAAGAGUUAUACACCAUUGAACCUUGUCAUCAUUUACCUUCAUAAUUAGGGAGGAAGGUGGAGCUGAAACAAGAUCGUGCGAGGUGCGCCACUCUUUAUAUAUUUGUUAUCUUUUAUGUUAUUUAUUUUUAUGUUACUGUGAAAUAAAUAAUUAUAUUAAUUUUGAAAACCA